UUUGCUGCUCUAAGCGUGGGUGAACCUUAUAAACUUCGGUGAUAUAUAUCAACAAGAAAUGAUCAGUUACAUCACUCGAACUAAAAAUCAUUAGAGAGACAGUAUUUGAAAUGCUGGAAGUGGUUGACUCUCUGAAAGUAGACUCCUCCCCAGUUGAGUAUUGAGAAAAAGUAUGAUUUCACCCAACUAACACACGUGAAAGUGGUGGAGCAGAACGCCCACAAGUCGGAAACCCUCGGGGUUUGGUGUUCCACAACUUGGAAACAAAAUACCACGGUGGAUAUCAGUUCGUCUUUGCUAAACAUGUAUGACACCCUUGUUGGAAACAACAAAAAGAGGGGUGACAGAGACGAUGAAGAUGGUUCCAGCAAAAAUGACAGUCAGCUGUUCACUUCUGGGCUUCCAAAUCAACACAGGGUUCAAGGCAGUAGAGGCAGAACACGUUAUCUUGCUCAAAGAAGCUUUUCAGUAAACGACACAUAUAACAAGCGUCCCCUUAGCACCAGUUCGGUGUCUUCCUCUUCCUCCUCUUCUUCCUCGUCACUUCCUAGAAACGGCAUGGAUGUUAAAAGAUCUUAUUUAGCCAGUAUAGAAAGCUUAGAGGACGACAGUGAUCCAGAUGAGACCAAAGGCUCUCAUCUUGGCCGGAGUAAUGUACAUGGGUUAAUAGACGUCCAGGCUCCUUACAACCCAGGUCUUCGUCCUACCGACCGUGUCGUCAUGGAGAUAGUGGACUCUGAAAGGACAUAUGUGAAAGAUCUGCAUGAAAUAAUUGAAGGAUAUUUUCAGCACAUAUUGUCCGCAAGGAAUGAACUAAACAAGGAAACAUUAACAGAACUCUUUGGAAAUAUCGAAGACAUUUACAAGUUCAACAGUGCUUUUCUUGAAGAGUUAGAAGCCUGUGGCUUAGAUUCUGUGGCAGUUGCACAAUGUUUUGUCAGAAACAGAGAAGGCUUUUCUAUCUAUACUCAGUAUUGUACAAAUUAUCCCAGGUCAGUAGAAGUGUUAACUAAACUUAUGCAGAACUCUAAAACAGCUGAAAUUUUCAGGGAUAGACAACUGGUUCUGCACCACCGUUUACCUUUAGGCUCAUACUUAUUAAAACCAGUCCAAAGGAUAACAAAGUAUCAGCUAUUGUUAACUAACUUGGCAAAACAUUUGGAUGGGGAUGGGGAUUGCUAUCCUGAUAUCAAGAAUGCCAUCUCUGUGAUGACAGGUAUAGUGUACUACAUCAAUGAUAUGAAAAGAAAGCACGAAGAUGCAGUCAGAGUUCAAGAGAUUCAGUCUCUUUUGUAUGAAUGGGAGGGCCAAGACUUGACUACAUAUGGGGAACUAGCUGCAGAAGGGAUGUUUAGAAUGUUUGGUGCUAAAGCAUUACGUCACUUGAUUCUUUUUGAUAAAAUGCUGCUAAUUGCAAAGCAAAAGGAGGAAGGAAAACUAAGUUAUAAAGAUCACAUAUUGUGCUCAAACCUUAUGUUAAUAGAAAGCAUCCAGGGGGAACCAUUGUGCUUCCAUGUUAUUCCAUUCAACAAUCCUCGUGUCCAGUACACAUUCCAGGCCAGUAACUUGGAACAAAAACGAGAGUGGUGUCUGGAACUAAAACGAGUAAUUCUUGAAAAUUACAAUGCAGUGAUUCCAUCUAAAGCUCGACAACUAGUAAUGGCACUUGGCCAGAAUAAAGAAGAUUCUCUGCCAAAUGAGAAAGCUAGUUCCAAGCGUCUCCACUCAGCACCAGAAUAUCUGGAGAAACGAAAUCAAGAAAGAAGGAAAUCUGAAACCAGCUUGAAUAAAGCUUUCAAGUUAAAGAAAGGAAACAAGAAGUCUCAAGCUGAGAAGCGUAGAAAGUCUCAUAGUGCCAGUCAUGAUGUGGCAGCAUUUCUCUCAGUUUCUUCUCAUCCUGGUCAUGAAGAGGAGCGACGAGCUAGUUUUGAUAUUGCCUGUAGUCAGAUAAGCAGAACCACAUUGGAAUCCAAAGAUUUGAGUGUAAACAAUAUAACCACAUCCAUUAAUGUAAAGCCUGGAUGCCUUUCUACCAGCAAGGAGUCCCUGUCGCUGCUUCCAACAGCUUUGAACACACAGAAUGGAAGUAAUAAUGGUAAAAUGACUAAUGAUACUUUAUCAUCAAAUGUUCCUAAAACACCAGAUCAAAAAGCAAGAGAAAGGCCCAAAUGGAAGGCAUGGAACAGUCUACCAGGAGAGACAACAGACACAGAGGUGGAAGACAACUAUGAAAGAAUUGACAUUAGUCGAAUUCUUCAGCUUUGUCCCCCCCCAAGACCAGCCAGAACUGAAGAGGAAAUUCUUGAAGACCUAGCUGGAGAAUAUGUUACUUUUGUCUUUGCUCACAGAUAUGCUUGCAGAGAUCUAGCCAAUAGAAAUGAGGAAUGGAGCAUGGUACCAGAAACACUUGAGAAUAGUGGAAACACAUAUGAUGAGCUCAAAAAUCAGUCUUCUGUGGAAACGAUAAACUGUGGUAGCAGUGAAUCUACACUACCAACUGAUGUAGGCACUCUACAACAAGAGUCCUGUCAUCAGAAAAACAAAAAAGUUGGAAAUUAUGAUAAUCUGUUUGACCUGUGGAAUAAACUAGGGACUGUUCAUAUGAAUAUAGAAAACAGUGGAGAAACUAGUAGCUCCUCAAGUGAAUCAUCAUUCAAACAGAGUGCAUCAGUUCGGAGAGUUCAUUCCUUCACUGGAAUGGCCAAAACUAAAGAUACACCUCUUCACAACUCUCUUUCAUUUAAACAGCCAUUUAAAGACCAGCUUGUUUUACCUCCAAAACCCACAGUAAUACCACAACCUCAAACUUCUGAAGAGGUUGAUUUGUUUUCUGUCCCUCCACCACCUGUAUUAACUUCUAAAGACAGCUUUAGUCCAAUUCCAUCAACUGUGUGUUUGAAGAAACAGCAACAUCACCAGGCAGAAUUUUCAAGUACUUCAUUGCCCCGAAGUUUCCAGCUUGUCCAGGAUUACAAUUCAGAGUGUUCAAGUGGUUACCAAAGUGACAAGAGAGAUAAAAUGAGUGUUGAAUCAAAUCAAAAUGAUUUCAUUGAUCAAAGACCAUUUACUAUUGCUUCAGAAAAACCAUUAGAAGAAAACUUGAUAGAUGACUUGGAGCGUUAUAUAGCUUCUUCUUCCCAAACUAAACAGACUUUUAAGUUUCCAGUUAAUUCUGAGGAUAAUCUGGUAACCUGUGCUACAACAUGUGCAUCUAGCAUGGAUAAUAUAUCUAUUCAUCCUGAAUACAAGGUUUACCGACAGCAAGGCUCUAGGUAUGCCACUUUAAGAACUGUAAUUUCCAAUGUAAGUUCUAAGAUUUCUGUUUUAAAGGCCACUUUUGGUUCUCCCAUGAUUGACCAAACAGAUAAUACAUCUGUGAUAUUGGACAACAGUGCUUCUUUGGACAGAUCAAUGAACAUGGAGGAGAAUCCUGCAAAUCAGUCAUGCAUUAGAACUGGCAAAGAUUUCAACAAUAAAGUUCCUAAAACCCGCUUUGUCAGUUCUCUUGCCAGAGCUUACUCUAUAAUGAGGAAACAGCGACUUCAGAAAGAAGGAGAGUCAACAGAAAUUGCAACCAUUUCAAACAUUUCCACCACAAAGAAAGACUCCAUCAAUAUCCAUAAAACAGGAAGCUCCAUCAUUGGUGCUCGUAUGGCCGGCCUACAUGAUUCAGAAUACUGUGUACCAAGUUCUUUAUUUCUGUGUCAGCAGCUGAGGUCAGACAAAGAGGAGGAGGUUUGCCCAGAUAGUUUACUGUCUGAUUCUUCAAACACCACAUCAUCAAGUGAUGUGGACAAGACUUUUUUAAAAAAUAACCUGCAUGAUACUUUUAAAGUUCUUGUUCCACAAAGAAGCAAGAGGGAGGAGAAAGUACUUGCACAAAAUGGUGAAUGCUCUGAAAACAACAUUUAUGAGAGAUCUUUCGAGGCUAUUGAAGGUACUGCCAUGAUGGAAGACUUCUUCAGAGAUUCUGCAAUUUAUAGUGAUCCAGAAAGUGAGGAUUUCAGCACUGUUGAAUCUUCACCAGGAAAUUGUGAAAUGUCAGAAUGUCAUAGAACUUUAAAACAGAAACAAAAUCAUGAAAGAGAGGAUAAUGAAGCAAACUCGUCUAGUCCAGAAAUAUAUUUAACUAAAGAUAAUGCUAACAACAGUAAGGCAACUGAAAAUAAAACAGACCUUUGCCAUCCAAAAUUAUAUACAACUCAGCAUUUUAUUGAAGACAAUGAAGAUAAAAACUUUGGUUAUUCACCAAAUAAUUCAGAAUAUAUUAAAAUUUUUGAGCCUUACCCUGUUGAAGUCUUAUCCACACGUCCUGUUAAAGGUUCAAUUAUUGAAAAGCUAAAGAAUAUUGGAGGUAAAGAUCUAACACUACCAACAGUAAAUGAAUUAGAGAUUAUUCAGAAGAGACAAAAACAGAAUGAUAAAAUGAAAGAAGAUUUAACACUAUUACCAAGUGAUAGUUUGAGAAUCACUAAGCAAAGACAGAAGGAGGAUGUUGAGCUUCAGAAAGAGUUACCACCACCAGUAGAUGUUUUGAAAGUUACUCAACAAAGACAGAAAGAGGGUGCUAAGUUUCAGAAAGAGUUAAUACUACCACCAGUAGAUGUUUUGAAAGUCACUCAGCAGAAACAGAAAGAUGGAGCUAAACUUCAGAAAGAGUUAAUGCCACCACCAGUAAAUGUUUUGAAAAUCACUCAGCAGAGACAGAAAGAGGGUGCUAAGCUCCAGAAAGAGGUAAUACCACCACCACCACCACUAGAUAGGUUAAAAACAAUUAAGCAGAGACAACUGGAGUUGUUAAAUUGGUGUACUCAAAAAGGUACUGAAGACUAUAAAGACGACGAGAUCGGCUCAGAAUAUUCAAACACACAUUUUAACACAGUUACAGAAAUAGAAGUUGAUAUGCCAGCCACUGCAAGCUCUUUAGAAACACCUGAUUCUCCACCAUUACCAGCAAAAGGCUGGGUUAAGCAUAUUGUCAACAAGUUUCAAAAUGAAAAUCAAACUUGAUCUGUGUUUGUAUUAUAUAUAAGCUUUGUACAGAAGUGUUUGUCUUAAGAUUAUGAUGUGUCCCAACAUUGGAAUUAUGUAGAGUGCCAAACAACAUGUAGAAACAACCCAAGUCUUUAUAAAAAUGUGAUUUUAUAAGAGCAUUACUUUAUAUAUUUUUACAGUGUGCACAUAAUGAUGCUUCUAGGCAUUCCUUUAUUGCAUUUGUAGAUUGUAAAAGUGUGAAUUGUGUAUUAGAAUAUUCAGAAGAAAUGAUACAUAGUUAGGAGGGCUUGGCUUGUUUCUGAGACUCCAAAUGUAAUUAUAUAAAUGUUAUUAAAUGCAAUAGAGACUAAACACAUCAGGUGAAACUAUAAUUUGUGAUGAUUCAGAAAUACCUUCUCAUUUGGGAAGAUAAUGGGUAUGGUUAUAGGGAACUUGGAAUGUAAAAGAAAAGGUUUAAAGCCAAAGAAUUUCAGUUUGUAUAGAUAUCUGUGGAUAGAUUCAGUAUGUAACAAACUGUUUUAUUGAGGUUUUAUCAAGUAGCAGUGAGUUCAUUGGUAACCUUUAGCCUUACAGAAAUGGAAAACUUUCUAGUAAAGGUAAUCAUUAAUGUAAUAAGCAUACUAUCUUCUAGUCAAGGAUUGAAGAGACUUAAAUUUUUUGUCUUUCUAAAUGUUUUUGAUAUUUGGAUAUAAUUGUGUGUCUGUUUGAGAAAGCAUUGGUAUUAUAAAAUGAUAUUCAGUAAAAUCAGUUACAUGUAAAUAUUAUUUUGAAUUAUGAUUAUACCUUCAUAAUAUGAUUCUGUAGUUGAGUUUCUUAAUCCAUAAAAUUCCCUUUGAAAACACAUCACAAAAGAAAUUAGUAAUUAUUAGCUCAAGGCUAAUAUAAUACUGUUCAAUGUUGCACUGUAACAUACUAUAAAUUGAACAUCAUUAAAUAUUGUGUUUAAAAAGGAAAGCAACUAAUAUGUUCACAGAAGUUUAAGUAACAAAAGUAGUUCUGAGGCUGCUAUAGCCAUUAUUAACAAGGAAAGCAACCAUUAUUUUCUCAGAAAUUUGUGAAGUGGAAAUAGUUCUGCGGCUGCUAUAGCUUUUAUUAAACAGGAAAACAACUGCUGUUUUCUCAGAAAUUUGUGAAGUGGAAAUAGUUCUGAGGCUGCUAUAGCCAUUAUUAAACAGGAAAACAACUGCUGUUUUCCCAGAAUUUAUGAAAUUGGAUUAUUUCUGAACAAUAGACAGGCUGUAUAAUGGUUUGUGUUUUGUAAGUAAUUUAUAUAAAACAAAUGGAACAAAGAGAAAUAUGAAAAAUAUAUUUUUAAAUUACUACUAUGGAUGUUAACUUUAUAAUUCCCAGCAGUAUUAAGGGAGGAGUAAUUUUGGUUUGAUGCAUUCACAAUAUUUUAUGCUCCAUAUAGAUUAAAAUCUUUGUAAAUGUGUGUCAAAAUCUGAGAAUUUUCUUAUUUAAAGUAUUACUGAAGCAUCAGUACUUCUGGAUUAUACAUCAUUUUAAAAUAUUAUGAAAGGAGUUGGUGUGAAACUUGUAAAUAGCAUGAAGUAAUAAGGAAAAUAAGCAAUUCCUAUAUUAUAAUGAAGAGUCACUGUGUUAAAUAUGGAAAAUAUAUUUUGUAGUAAAAAGUUUGCAAUAAAUAGUAGAAUUUUCUAA